UGGCGCGAAAUGAUAGCCACUCCGCCCUCCUUGUCUCAUUUGAGGAGGCAAGGCCCCGCCUCCGCCCCGCCUCACGGCAAGUUCGCGGCGUGCUCGCUCCCGCAGACUCCCGGGAACGGCGGCGGGCUCGCGCUACCGGCUGGGCCCUGUAGGCGGGCCACCACUACCCGUCCUGCAAUGUCUCGGCGGAAGCCUGUAUCGGGCAGUCUUUCUGCAGCCGGCCCAGCCCAUGGGAGACAAGCAGUUUUGAGCCGAUUCUUUCACUCCACGGGAAGCCUCAAAUCCACUUCGUGUCCCACGGAAGCCGCAGCGAAGGCAAACCACGGCUCCGCAGCGCCCUCAGCGUCCACCGCCCAGCCUCAUUUGCCGCCACUGGUGGCUACAGAAGUUAACAAAGGAAAAAAAAGACCACUGGAGAAAGAUGGGCCUGUUAAAAAGAAAGCAAAGAAAGUCCAAGAAAAGGAAGAAAGAAAUGACUUGGUAAUGCCUGGUAACCCUGAGCCAAAAAAAUGUCUGAGGACCAGGACUUUCUCAAAGUCUCUGGAAAAACUGAAAGAAUUCUGCUGCGAUUCUGCCGUUCCUCAAAAUAGAGUCCAGAUAGCACCUCUUCAAGAGAGGUUUGCAGUUCUACCAAAAUGUACUGAUUUUGAGGAUAUCAGUUUUCAACGUGCAAAGAAUGCAAUUUCUUCUGAAGAUUCUAAAUCCCAAGUGAACCAAAAGGUAUGUAAUUGUUAUAUAGAUGUAUUUCCAGUUACCCAGAACAUCUCUGAUUGUGAUAUUGCUGCCCGGGAGCUGAAUAUUUAUUGCCAUUUAGAUCACAACUUUAUGACAGCAAGUAUACCAACUCACAGACUAUUUGUUCAUGUACGCCGUCUUGUGGCUAAAGGAUAUAAGGUGGGAGUUGUAAAGCAAACUGAAACUGCAGCAUUAAAGGCUAUUGAAGACAACAAAAGUUCUCUCUUUUCCCGCAAACUGACUGCUCUUUAUACAAAAUCCACACUCAUUGGAGAAGAUGUGAAUCCUCUGAUCAAGCUGGAUGAUGCUGUAGAUGUUGAUGAGAUACUGACUGAUACUUCUACCAGCUACCUUCUAUGUAUCUAUGAAAAUAAGGAAAACAUUAAGGACAAAAAAAUGGGGAACAUUUUCAUUGGCAUUGUGGGAGUGCAGCCUGCCACAGGUGAAGUUGUGUUCGAUAGUUUCCAGGACUCUCCUUCCCGUUCCGAGCUGGAGACUCGGAUAUCAAGCCUGCAGCCGGUGGAGCUGCUACUUCCAUCAGACUUGUCAGAGCAAACAGAGAUGCUCAUUCACAGGGUCACUGCUAUUAGCAUGCGGGAUGACAGAAUUCGAGUAGAAAGAAUGGAUAAAGUUUAUUUUGAAUACAGCCAUGCUUUCCAGGCGGUUACGGAAUUUUAUUCAAAAGUUGUAGAUGACAUCAAAGAUUCUCAAAGUUUUUCUGGCAUCAUUAACUUGGAUAAGCCUGUGAUUUGCUCUUUGGCUGCCAUCAUAAGAUAUCUCAAAGAAUUUAACUUGGAAAAAAUGCUCUCUACACCUGAGAAUUUCAAACAGCUGUCAAGGGAAAUGGAAUUUAUGACAAUUAAUGGAACAACAUUAAGGAAUCUGGAAAUCCUACAGAACCAGACUGAUAUGAAGACCAAAGGAAGUUUACUUUGGGUUUUAGACCAUACGAAAACUUCAUUUGGGAGACGGAAUUUAAAGAAGUGGGUGACCCAGCCACUUCUUAAGUUAAGGGAAAUAAAUGCCCGACUUGAUGCUGUAUCUGAAGUUCUCCUUUCAGAAUCUAGUGUGUUUGGUCAAAUAGAAAACCAUUUAUAUAAAUUGCCCGACAUAGAAAGAGGACUGUGCAGCAUUUAUCACAAAAAAUGUUCUACCCAAGAGUUCUUCUUGAUUGUCAAGACCCUGUAUCAUCUGCAGUCAGAGUUUCAAGCAUUAAUGCCUGCUGUUAAUUCUCAUGUUCAGUCAAACCUGCUCCAGACAGUUAUUUUAGAAGUUCCUGAACUCCUCAGUCCAGUGGAGCAUUACUUAAAAAUACUUAAUGAACAAGCUGCCAAAAUUGGGAAUAAAACUGAAUUAUUCAAAGACCUUUCUAACUUCCCUUUAAUAAAACAGAGGAAGGAUGAAAUUCAAGAAGUUACUGACAAGAUCCAAAUACAUUUGCAAGAAAUACGAAAAAUAUUAAAAAAUCCUUCUGCACAGUAUGUGACAGUAUCAGGACAGGAGUUUAUGAUUGAAAUAAAGAAUUCUGCAAUAUCUUGUAUACCAGCUGAUUGGGUUAAGGUUGGAAGCACAAAGGCUGUGAGCCGCUUUCACUCUCCCUUUGUUGUAGAAAAUUACAGACAUCUGAAUCAGCUCCGGGAACAGCUAGUCCUUGACUGCAACACUGAAUGGCUUGAUUUUCUAGAGAAUUUCAAUAAACAUUAUCACUCUUUGUGUAAAGCAGUGCAUCACCUAGCAACCAUUGACUGUAUUUUCUCGCUGGCCAAGGUCGCAAAGCAAGGAGAUUACUGCCGGCCAACUUUACAAGAAGAAAAGAGAAUCAUGAUAAAAAAUGGAAGGCAUCCUGUGAUUGACGUGUUGCUGGGAGAACAGGAUCAGUAUGUUCCCAAUAGUACAAAUUUAUCAGAGGAUUCAGAAAGAGUAAUGAUAAUCACUGGACCAAAUAUGGGUGGAAAGAGUUCCUACAUAAAACAAGUCGCAUUGAUUACUAUCAUGGCUCAGAUUGGCUCCUAUGUUCCUGCCGAGGAGGCAACAAUUGGGAUUGUGGAUGGCAUUUUUACAAGGAUGGGUGCUGCAGACAAUAUAUAUAAAGGACGGAGUACAUUUAUGGAGGAACUGACAGACACAGCAGAAAUAAUCAGAAAAGCAACAUCACAGUCCUUGGUUAUCUUGGAUGAAUUGGGAAGAGGGACGAGCACCCAUGAUGGAAUUGCCAUCGCUUAUGCCACCCUUGAGUAUUUUAUUAGAGAUGUGAAAUCCUUAACCCUGUUUGUCACCCAUUAUCCACCAGUUUGUGAACUAGAAAAAAGUUAUGCACAACAGGUGGGGAAUUACCACAUGGGAUUCUUGGUCAGUGAGGACGAAAGCCAACAGGAUCCAGGUGAAGAAGAACAAGUGCCUGAUUUUGUCACUUUUCUUUAUCAAAUAACCAGAGGAAUUGCAGCAAGGAGUUAUGGACUGAAUGUGGCUAAACUAGCAGAUGUUCCUGGAGAAAUUUUAAAGAAAGCAGCUUAUAAGUCAAAAGAACUUGAAGAAUUAGUAAAUGUGAAAAGGAAAAGGCUAAAGUAUUUUGCAAAAUUAUGGACGACCCAUAAUGCAAAAGACCUUCAACAGUGGACAGACGAGUUUGAAAUGGAAGAAAUACAGACUUCCUGAUUGAAAUGAAGACUACUUUUUGAACAAAGAAAAAAAAAUAGGAGAAUUAAAAAUACAAACCGUACAAAAUAACUUUCCAGUAACAGCCCAUCUUUGUGUGACAUGUGAGCAUAGAAUCAUGACCAUGGCAUAUUCCUUGGGAAGCAGACUUCUUCCUCUUGUGAAGAAAGUGUUUUUCAGGUUUCUGACCUACUGCAUCUUUGAAGGAUAAACACUUUUGAAUAUUAAGGCUUCCGUAUGAAAAUUAGAAAAUUCCCUGAACACUGAAGUUUCACAUAAAGUCAAAAUCUUCCAAAUAAAGUCUACAGUGGUAGAACUGAAUACAUGAACAUUUGGAGAGUGAUACAAAAUUUUAAUUCAUAUUUCUACUUGAUUCAUUUCAGAUAACUGGCAACAGGGUAAAUCUGGCAGAAAUCUACCUUUCUUUUUGAACUAAAAUAAUUUUAUAAUGCCACCAGUUUAUUCACCAUGAACAUAAGCAGAUUUGAUAAGAAAUAGAACUUCUAAGCUUUUAGAAAUCAGUGCACAGAGUACAGAAAGAAUAAGAACAUAUGAGAUGUAAAGAGUUAAACAUUGUAGUUAGUCUUAAGAUUGUUGGAUGAAAUUAUUUUGUCAUUCAUUCAGGUAAUAAAUGUUUAAUGAAUACUUGCUAUAGAUUAUGGUAUAUCCUGUUGAAUUCAGACAUUGUUCAGUUGUCAUUUUUUAGAUUUAACUGUGAAACCACAGUUGCUGCUCAUAACAAAGCAAUAUUUAGAACAGAACUUGCUUAUGUUGCUUAUUAUUGUUCGGUCAACCGAUAUAACACUCAUGUGAGCUCCUUAGUGUUGAAUUGUAUAGCUUUCUUGAUUCACAGUAACACUCCCUCCCUGCCAGAUUAGGGUGACACAUGCUCAACUAUGUCCCUGGGUUUUUUUCAGCACUUACAAUCUGGCUUCUCAUAUCCGUGUGUUCUUUUGGUUUCUAAAUAUGUAAUUCGUGUAAAGGCUCUCCAUACUAUUUCCCACCCAUUUGUUAUUCCUGCUCAGUUAAAUUUCUUCCCCACAUUUGAUGAGCAUACCUUUAACCCUUUCUAGAUUGUUAAUGACAAUGACCCUAACAGAGACCCCAGACUCAAGAGUCAAUACAGUGUCUAUAAGCUGA